CCAACUCUUCCUUUUACUUACAAUUGCUGCGCGUGUGGUGGAUCCCCUCUCUUUGUUUCACUUCACGUCAGCAGGCGCAGCUUGUCCAUCCCAACACCGCAAAAUCAAAGCCCAAAACCGCCAUCGACAGCCGCGGCGUAAACCGACAUAGGUCUAUCUAAAAUCCCGAUUCGUGACGCAACCGACCCAGAUCGGCUUCUGUCCAAGAUUGAUUAACUAUUCGCCUCAUCCUCUUUCUCGCAUCCCAAACUCCGUACUUGACAGGUAGAACAAUGCCGAAGGUGAAGACAAACCGUGUGAAAUAUCCAGAAGGAUGGGAAUUGAUUGAGCCUACGCUUCGUGAGCUACAAGCAAAGAUGAGAGAAGCUGAGAAUGAUCCUCACGAUGGUAAGAGAAAAUGUGAGACAUUGUGGCCUAUUUUCAAAAUAGCGCAUCAGAAGAGCCGCUAUAUUUUUGACCUUUACUACCGGAGGCAGGAAAUAUCUAAGGAAUUGUAUGAGUUCUGUUUGGACCAAGGCUAUGCUGACCGCAAUCUUAUUGCGAAGUGGAAGAAGCCAGGUUAUGAACGUUUGUGUUGCUUGAGAUGCAUGCAGCCACGGGAUCACAACUUUGCUACAACUUGUGUCUGCCGUGUGCCCAAACACUUGAGGGAAGAAAAGGUUAUUGAAUGUGUGCAUUGUGGAUGUAGAGGCUGUGUGAGCGGAGAUUAGAUUGGCCUUGGUUCUUUUGGCCUCUUCGUCUAAGUUCAAAGUCAACGAGGGAGCUUAGACUGUAGUUGCUGCCACAGUGUCAUCAAUUUCUAUAAAUUUUCUUUGUGCUAGUAUAGUUCUGAAAUAUAAUCAUCGCUAUGAAUGCUAUGUCUUGGAUUGAGAUGUUUUGCUGUGGCAGUUACCAUAGAUAAAGACAGUGAAUUUGUACUCCUGCUGUUAUAAGGUAAAUUAAUGUGCUUUGCAACUUUUUCUGAAGGAGCAAUCUGAAUUGAUUUGAGACUUAUUGUAGCACUUUGGUAACCUAUGAUUAAUUUUUAGAACUUGAGUGUGUUAGAAA